AUGAGGAAGACAUUGAGGGAAUCUGAAGAGAAGCUAAAAGACAAGGACUCAACACUGGAGGAGAGGAAUAAAGAACUGAAGGACACAGAGAGCAGACUGGAGAAAACCACAAAGCAACUGAAUGAGAACAUCAAACACCUCCAGGAGAAAGAUACACAACUGGAGGAUAUGACCCAGCAAGUGAGAGAGAAAGAGAGACUACUGGAGGACACUGCCGAGGUGGAGAAGAGUAAGAGACAACUGGAGGCACUGGGGAAGGACCUGCAGGACAAGAAUAGCCAAGUAGAGAACUUCAGAGUCCUACUGCAGGAUAGAGACAGUAAACUAGAGGACAGGAACCACAAACUGGGAGAGAAAGACAAGGAACUAGAAGAGAUAAACAAACGACUGCAAGAGCAAGACAAACAACUACAACAGAGAGAGAAACAGUUACAGGAUAGCAACAAGCAACUAAAAGACAAAGAGAAACAACUAGAAGAGAGAGAUAAACUACUGGAGAAUGUCAGGAAAGACAAUACACAACUUGGUGAGAUGGGAAAGCAAUUCAGUUAUCAAAUGUAUCACAAUUCCGACAAGGCUCAUGUCACAGAAGAAUGUCCAUAAUAAUUUACCUUAACUGCCAUUUUUAAAGUUGUUUGGCAUUUCCCAAUCAUGUUCGUAAUGUCCUUUAUCAUUUCAGCUCAACAGAUAUGUGAUGUGAAGACUGAGGUAGAGAGACUGAGAAGAGAGACCUCAGCCCAGAUGACUGGUGAGUGAGAGACAGACACACUGGUCCUUUUUUGUAACAACUUCUAAUAUACUUUUAUGAAAUGAUUACAGGAUAUACUUAUAUGAUAUGUUGUGUUUUAUAGACUGUAUAUUAUUAUUGUUGUGUUGUGGAGAGGCAUCAGUUAAAGGCCCUUCAUUCCCAUUCAGGAGAAGAAACAGUAUGGAGGGGCAUCCUCCAGAAAGUGACUAACUGAUGCAAUCUGACCAUCACUAAUGCCAACAUUAAUUAAACUAGUUUAAUUUACAUGUUCAUACACUGUUAUACAUAUUGUUCUAGUCAUGCUGCCUGGUUUUUUUACUCAUGAUUUUGAUUUCUAAAUGUAAUUGUCCCACACAUGUCUUAAUGGUUUGUAUUUUGUUACAGUGGGAGGAGAGACUUCAGAUACAGACACCACUCUCCUAAUCAAGAAGAGACACAGCAUGAAAGAACCUCUACAGAGUGAGUUACUGAUGAUGAUUACACUGUGUUCUAGUGGUCUAACCUCCAGAGAGGAAGUGUGUUGAGCGGUGGUGUGUGUUGUGUUGCAGUGGGAAGAGAGAGCAGCAGUCCAGACUCCCCAGUGUCUCCCAGUGUGUCUGAGCUGAGACUGGUGCUGCUGGGGAGGACUGGGGCUGGGAGGAGUGCAGCAGGAAACACCAUCCUGGGCAGAGAGGAGUUUGGGGCCCAGGCCAGCCCCUCUGCAGUGACCCAGAGGAGUAAGAGGAGAGAGGGGGAAGUGUGUGGGAGACGGCUGGUGCUGGUGGACACUCCAGACUGGUUCUGUCCUGGACUCUCUCUGGAGGAGAUUAGACAGGAUGUGGGGCUCUGUGUCCGUAUGUCUGCCCCGGGACCCAACGCCUUCCUUCUGGUCAUAUCAGUGGAGCCCUCUAAUGGGGAGGAGAGAGGGGUGCUGGAGAGAAUGGAGGAGAUGUUUGGGGAGGGUUGUUGGGGACACACUGUGAUUCUAUUCAUCCAUGCUGAUGGCCUGAAAGAGCAGAGCAUUGAGGAGUUUCUCCAAGCAGGGAGUCAGGACCUCCAGCAACUUGUAGAGAAAUGUGGGAGCAGGUACCACGUCCUCAACAUUAAGGACAGGCCCCAUGGCACUCAGGUCCCAGAGCUGCUGGAGCAGGUAGAGGAGAUGGUGGCAGGAAACAGAGAGAGAUUCUACAGCAGUCAGACCUACCAGGAGGCAGAGACCCAGGUCAGAGAGAUGGAGGGAAAGAUCCAGAUGGAGAGACUGGAGAGGAAACAGAGGGAGGAGAGAGAGAUGAGAGAGAGGCUUGAGAAGGAGCUGCAGGACUCUCUGUUGAAGAAAGAUGGCGUAAUCCAGAAGCUCAAGAGAGAUAUCAGGAUACUCAGAGAACGAAUAACUGAACUGGAGAGACCGAAGGAAGAAGAAAGGGAUGAGGAGAAGAAAAGAGAGCUGGAGAGAGAGCUACAGAGAUUUAGAGAGAAGAGAGAUAGGAAGGAGAUGGAGGAGAGACACGGGCAGGAGAUUGAGGAGAUGAGGGGAAACUAUGAAGGAGAGGUCAGAGUUGAAGCAGACAGAAACCUGAUGAAGAUAGUCCUACCUGAGUUACAGAGGAGCAUCAUGAUCUCACAGACAAAGAUGGAGAGGGAGUUAAGCAGACAGUUUGGGGAGAAGGUUAGACAGAUGGAGGAGAAGGAUGGAGAAAUGGAGAGACUGAGACAUAACUUGAAAGAGGUCAGUGAAGCUCACUCAGUGUUGGAGGAGAGACUGGUAGGAGAGGGGAGAGGUCAGAGGGCACUGAGUGGAGUGUUGGGCUGGGUCAGGAAAAACUCAUCAAGUUGGGUUCUCCACAAUCUGAUAUGA